AUGCCGACAGGAUAGCAACGUGCCUUGGCCAGUGGUAAGAAUAGCCCCACAAUGGGGCUCACAACUCCCAUCUUCUGUUGUCUGAGAACAGUUGUCGCCAGGACGGGGGCAGAGACAGAGGCAGGUCUGAGGUGCUGGAGCUCUGGAGGGGGGCCGCCGCUGCGUAAAGCCCAAGGAAACGCCCUCGGCUCUGGGUAGGAUUACCCCAGAGCAGCCCCUGGGAGAUUCCACUUCCACUAGCAGGACUACCGGGCUUUCACCUGGUGGAGAUUGAGGUCUGUCUGAGGUGGCUGGCUACAGUGACUGGAGGAGGUCAAAGCUGCCUGGGGCAGACUGGACACAGAGCCUCCUGUGGACUCUCUGGGCUGGGGAGAGUUUCUGGUGAUCCUGUGUGUGUUACGGAGGACAGGAGACAGUGUUCCUGGUCCGAGACUUGGGCCUGCAGGAAGACUGGCUGUACUGAAAGAGCUGCGUUCGGCAGACGACAUGAGGAGGAUGAGCACUUCUGAGAUCCUCUUCGUUUCUGUCAGCCACAACAUUACCCUGGUUGGGAAGGUGUGGCUGAUCCUGAUGGUCCUGCUGAGGGUCGUGGUCCUGCUGCUGGCCGGCUACCCUCUCUACCAGGACGAGCAGGAGCGAUUUGUGUGCAACACCAUCCAGCCCGGCUGUGCCAACGUGUGCUACGACCUCUUCGCUCCCGUCUCGCUCUUCCGCUUCUGGCUGGUCCAGUUGACCGCCCUCUGCCUCCCCUACGUCACCUUCAUCAUCUACGUGGUGCAUAAGGUUUCGUCAGGCCCCGACCCCGACACCUCGGACCCGCCCGGCUCUGGACCUCUGUACAAGAUCCGCCAGGAGUCCUUCAGGAAGAAAAUCUUGAGGAACACGGUUCCUCUGAAGGCGGACCAGCGCUUCAACGGAGUCUACAUCCUCCAACUUCUCUUCCGGAUCUUGCUGGAGGCUGGCUUCGGGGCGGCACACUACUACCUGUUUGGGUUCUACAUCCCUCGCAGGUUCCUGUGCCAGCAGAACCCGUGCACCACGCAGGUGGACUGCUACAUCUCCCGGCCCACCGAGAAGACGGUCAUGCUCAACUUCAUGCUGGGGACAGCGGCUCUGUCGCUGCUUCUCAACGUGGUCGACCUGUUCUGCGCCCUCAAACGCUCCCUCAGGCAGAGGUGCCGGAGGAAGAUGCUGGUGGAGAAUCUGUACGAGGAGGAGCACUACUUCCUGUCGCCAGGGGGCACGGGGGUGGACGCCACCCUCCCUCUAGCCCAGGAUCAGGGAGAGCCUGGCGGAAGCUUCCGGAAAAGACCGGCCAGUAAGUGCUCCAGCACGGUCGGUGGUGGUUCUGUGGGGGCCCGUUUGGAUCUCCCUUUACCCCCUCAUGGCACUCUGUCCCCUGGACUGGCAAGCUCCACCCCCCUAGGCGCCAGUGACUUCCCCCCUCCCCUGGAGGACGGGCCCGAGGCAGGGGGGAGCGAGGUGGCGCUCUGUCCUCCGCUGCCCACGGGAUCGCCACUCCUCAUACGGGUCAGUAAACGCGGUCGCCUCAAGCCGCCUCCGCCGCCCAGAAGAGACCCAGCUCCACCCCCGGGACCAGGACCCCUGGACGCGUCCACGGCGGUGCGCACCCGGAGGAUGGGUCAGUACACGCUGGUGGAGCUGACGAGCGGUGGGGAGCUGGGGGCGAGCGAGGAGGGGCAGGACAAGAGGUCUGAGUGGGUGUGACUCUGAGAGCUGGAGCUCCGAGCUGGUUUCGUUUUCCCGCGGGACUGAGGAAUGUCACGUGAGACCAGGGAGACCGCACUCCUCAGGGUUGUGAGAAGAUCAUAAAUGGGCUGCAAACGUGGGUUGCCUUCCCAGUAUCACCCCUCCCAGUUCAUUCUGACGCGAAGGCAACAA